ACAGGAAUAAGGAUCCACUCACUAGCGGUUUGGGCUCUUACUCCCCGCCUUAGUGUUUGAAACCAUGAUUUCGCACGUGCAUAGCCAUUGCAAGCCUGGGAUGCGAAUAUACUGAUGUCCAGUUUGACAUCUGAGACCGACGACAUCGAUUUCCGGCCAAUGAUUUUGUGACCGAUCCGGCCAAUUCGAACAAGGCACAGUUUCGGGCUGUCUUCUCGACUUGAGGGCCUUUUUUUAGGCGCCUCAAAUAUCGACUUGAGACCCUAAUAACUAUCGAGCAUUCAUAACGGAUCGUGGUUGCCUCAUAGCGCUUUCAACCUUCAACCCGGACUAGCCGUCUGCUGAUAGCGAUCGGCGCGAGGCUGUGAGCCUUUCAAUCUGAUUAAUUUGCUGCUAAGAAGGAGCGCCCCUGAAGGAUGGACGGGUUUCGACGAUUUGCGGAGAAGUUGAUAAACGAUCCGCUCAAUCGGCUGCAAGGCGGCUCAGGCGGAGGUUUCUACGAUCAAGAGCCUCCAUCGCCCGCAGCAGCAGCCACCAGUCGCAGGCGUCCAUGGGGACCCAACGGGCCCAUUAGCAGCACCACCAGCGACACCACCAGCAGCGGCGGAAGCAGAGGCGGGUUUACCUUGGGGGGAGGGGGGCUGAAUUUAGGCGGAAUUGGAGGAAUCGGAGGGCUUGGGAUUGGGGGCGGUGGUGCGGAUGGUAGUGGCAGCAGUAAUGGUGGUGGUGGUGGUGGUGGUGGUGGUGGUGGUGGUUUCAAGAGUUUCGGUACUGGAGGGUUCAUGGGAACAGGCCCUGGUGGUUUCCUCGGAGCUGGAGCAGGGGGAGGCUCUUCCUUCUUCAAGAACAUCCAACGGUCCUUAUCCAUCGCCGCGCCUGAUCGUGGCCGUCCGCCUCCUGCCCCCACCCCGCGCGUCCCUCCAUCCCGCUCCGCCACGUACGAAUCCCCCCCUGUCCGCCCGCAGCCUCCCCCUUCCCAUGCGGCUGCUGCUGCGGCGGUAGCAGCAGCGGAGCUGCACAUAACCCUAGACGAGAUCAGGUUCGAGAACCAGAGCAGUAGCAGCAGCGCUGGUGGCUUUGGGGCAAGCAGCAGUGGUGGUGGUGGUGGUGGUGGUGGUAGCGGUGGGGAUGGUCGGUCUGGUGAUGGCGCGUAUGGGAGGAUAGGCGGAGCAGGUACUCUUGGUGGUGCUGGCGGUAGUACCGCUCUCACACGCACUCAGUCCGCCUCCUCCCCUGCCUCUCCAGGGUUCAGCGUCCUCUCGCUCUUCACCUCCCCACCCCAGACCAACCACCACAACCAUCACAACCAGCAGCAGCAGCAGCAGCAGUCGCGGCUUUCCCAGCCUUCCCCUCGCACCACUGCUGCUGACGUCAUCUCCUUCCUCACCUCCCCUUUCUCCCUCGGUCCCUCCUCCUCCCCUGUUCCCCCUGCCUCCCGCCAAGACUCCAUAGGAAGCCCCUCCCCCCUCCGCAGGUCGCAUCAAGGGGGGGCGGUAUCUCCCAUGCUCACUGGGGGAGGCGGCGGAGGGGGAGCAGGGGGAAGGGGGAGAGGGGGAUCAGCAGGAGGGGGAGGGGUGGGAGGAGGAGGGGGGAUUGGAGGGCUGUGGGCCAUGGUGACUCGGACAAGCAGCAGCGGGAUUGGGGGGGGAGGAGGGGCCCUGGAUGACGUGGACGAGUCUCCGCCCUUAUCUGCCACGUCAUCCAUGAACACGUCACUGGGGAUCCUAGCUGGCAUGUCAUCGCUGCGACCCAUGCAGGCGGAGCAGGCGGAGCCGCUAGAUGCGUGCUUCUUUAACGAGGACUUUGACCCGGUUCGCUGUGCGCUGGAGGAGCUUCCAGAGGGUCCUCUCUCCUUGCAGCACCUUGGAACACAGUGUGGCAAGCGCCAGUUACAGCUGGACGAGGUGUCGGAACAGCUGGCGUCUCAAGUGAUGAGUCACCACGAAGAAAUGGUGCAAGGGAUGAACCUCUUUGCGGAGCUUGAGAGGGACCUCCAAGUGCUCUAUGUCAUCUGCAGGAACACCCGCCGGCUGCUCAACAGCGCACGCAAGGACAUCUCAAAGAACCUCGUUGUGUCCAACAACGUGCAGAAGAAGCGCAUGGCCACCAGCAUGAUCCCCAUGCUGCAGCAAAUGAAGCAGAUAGCGCGGAUGAAGGCCCAGCUGCAGCAGCUGGUCGAGGGGGGCGACUACCCUGCAGCCCUGCAGCUGUGCUCGCGGUGCCUCGUGCUGGUGGAGCAGAACCGGGGGCUGUGGGCUAUAGGGGACAUGAGCAGCAGUCUCGAGAACCGGGGGCUGUGGGCUAUAGGGGACAUGAGCAGCAGUCUCGAGGGGUGGCUAGCUCGAGUGGUGGAUGAGGUGGACGCCAUUCUCUUCACUGUCUGCCGCCGCUACAACCCCACCGCCUAUGCCACGGUGCUUGACUCAUACGCAGUGAUGAACGGGCUGCCAGCCCUGGCAGAGAAGGUGCACAACUUCUUCUCGCAAGCGGUGGUCACGGAGACCUACGACAUUUUGCUGCAGUUCGUGGAGCAGGGAAGCUCAGAGGACGACGCCAGAAGAAGCAGAAUGGCAUACAGCGAGCUGUGCGGGCAGCUGUCGGACCGCUUCUUCUUUCUCUGCCUCAUCCGCACCAUGGAGCUUGUGUUUGAGCUCAUGUGCUCGCACCAUGUCAUGAUGAUCGCCCAUCACCCGCUGCUCAAGACAGUGUCCACUGCUGCUCCUCCCACUGCCCUACAGCACACGCCAAUAAGCACCCUAGCAACAUCAACCACCACCACUGUUGCCACAGCCCCAUCCCCACUCCCCCCCUCCUCCUCCUCGACCCCUGACCAGCGAGGCACGCAGGCGAGCGCAAACAGCAGCAAGGUUAGCGCUAGCUGCAGCAAUACAAUUGCAAGCAGCAGCAAGGGUAGCACGAGCAGCACAGCACAGGCACAGGGCGGUAGUAGUAAGGGCAGGGAGAGUGAGGAGGGCAGUCCUGUCCCGGACAGAUUCGAGGACUCCUUGUGCUUACCAAAGGUGCAGGCUGUUGUCUUUGACGUCACACCACAGGCGCAUGCGCAUCCCACUACACCUGACGCUGAAUCACUGGCACCCAACAGCGUUGCACCCACCACCGUCACAACCAACGUCGGUGCCAGCACCGUCGACAGCGACGGCACUGCUGCUGCUGCCCCUGCUGGGGUGGAUGGUGUUUCGGUGGGAGAAACGAGAGUACAGGGCGAUACGAUGGAUAAGAGCAGCGGUUGUCUUCGUGGCACGGGGGGUGGCACUGGGGGUGGCACCAGUGGUGACGGCACGGUUACGAGAGUGGUGGGCGCUAGUGGAAGCGGUGGUGGUAUGAGUGAUAGGGUGGUGGGGGCCAGUGGCAGCGGUGGCGGGCAGUGGGAUUUUCUGCAUGACGUCCAGGAUGACGUGGACAGGUUGGAAGGGAAAGCGGGAGGAGAGGAGGAGGGAGGUGCGGCUAGAGAGAGAGGAAGGGAAGGAGGAGGCAAAAGCAAGCUCGUGCAGGGCCAGCAGGGCGAAAGUGCGCCACCACUAGGGGGGCCACUCAAGGGGAAAGAGCCUGCUGCCGAUGACUCUGCUGCUGCUGCUGCUGCUGCUGCUGCUGCGCCUGCUAGCCUAGCCGCAGUGCCUUCUCCAGCCAAUGAGCUGGUGCCAGCUGUGCCGUCGCCGGCCAGGGAGCUCACACCAGCUGUGCGGGAGGCGGCAGCAGCGGCAGUGAGGGGGGCUCUGGAGACGGGCAGGAAGGCGGUGUGGGAGCUGGCUGCUCGCAGGGUGGCUGCUCUGCUGUCCGCCCCGCCAGUCUGCUCGGGCACUUCGGAACAGUUCCUGCAGAUCCUGUGUCUCGUGGAGGACUUUGUUCUGGCAGGGGAGGCGUUCACCCAAGCAGAGGCGGGGAGCCUGAGGGCCAAGAUGGGCCGGCAGUGCGACCAGUUCUUUAAGAACUACCAUCGGCAGGCGCUGGAUGUUCUGCGUAUGAUGGUAGAGCGAGAGACUUGGCAGCCCCUACCCCCCUCUGCCCUGCAAGCCCCCGAGGUGCACCGUCUCACGUCCGCCCGCUCCACUCUUGCGCGCACGCCCAACAAAAUGCUGCCCUCUUGUCCAAGCGGCUCUGCGCUUGCUGGGCGUGGCGGUGGGGGAGGAGAGGACGGAGACGGGGGAGGAGAGCGAGGAGGCAGGGACGGAGUGGGAAGAGAUGGUGGCGGAGAGGCAGGGUCUGUGUGGGAUUUCAGCCGAUGGAUGCAGCUGGACCAGCCGUUCAACGUGGAGCAUGGGGGGAGGGGGGAGGUGGCGAGGGAGAGGGUGCGGGAUAGAGACAGGGAGAUGCUGAGAGAUAGGUUUAUGGAUAUGGAGCGAGAUAGGGAGAGGGAGAGGGAAAGAGAGAGGGAAGGAGGAUCUGCAAGAUCGAGCCCUCAUUCGGCGGCUCAGAGCCCAGGAGCAUAUGGAGCAGGGUUUUCUGGGGGAGGUGCGUAUGGGGCGGGCAGGUUUGGGAGUUCAGCGGAAGGGGUGAAUGAACUGCGGCAGUACAGCUCCGAGCGAGUAGCUCCAAGAAACGCCGCCCCUACUCCCACUGGUGCUGCUGCUGCUGGUGCUAGCGGUGGCGGUGGCAGCUGGGGCAGUGGGUUUGAUUUGAGAAGCAGUAGCUACAGCAGCGGUAGGAGUGGUGGUGGCGGUGCUGCUGCUGCUGGGAGUCCCACUGUUGUUGCUGCUGUUCGUAGCGACCCCACUGGCGCUGUUUGUCGUGAUCAAAGUGGUGCUAUGGGAGCAAGUAACAGCUUGAGGGGGAUUGGGAGUGGGCAGUCAAGAAUGAGAGAGCAGGAGGAGGAGGGGGGGAUGGAAGAGGAGGAGGAGGAUGAAGAAGAGAGUGAGGAGUUGCUUGCUGAUUACAUUGACGAGGAUGAUGAGGGGGAGGGCGUGGGAGCGAGAGAGCAGGAGAAAGAGACGAGGGGCAGAGGAGGAGAAGCAACAGCCAGCAGCAGGAGCGACGGCAGGGUGGAGAGAAGCAGAAGUGGAGGAAGAGGAGGAGGUAGAGGAGGAGGAAGGGGAGGAGGGGGAAGAGGAGGAAGGGGGUCGGGAGGAUCGGGGGGGGUGGGAGUAGGGGUGCAGAGGAGUGGGACGGCCAGGGUGCCAUCUGCACCCUCCUCUCAGCCCCCUGACUCUCUCCUGGGUCGGUCACAGAGCGAUGGCCGGGUGGGGCAGGGGAGGAGAUGGCAGGGCAGUGGGAAGGACGGAGGUGGCGGGUUGAUCUCUCCUGGGGGAAGGGGGGGGAAGGGAGCGAAGGCAGGGAAGGGGGAGGAGCCGGGAGUCACUGCCACGGCAUCGGCUCUCGGUGCUGUCAGGUUGAUGGACUAUCAAGUCACUCUGGUGUUCUCCCUGGGACCCAUCUCUGCUGACGUCAUCAUGUCUGUGUGGCAGCUCUUCGACCUCUACCUCAUCACAGUCUUCCGCAUCUUUGGCCAUCGAGAGGCCUUCAGUGCCCUAAGAUCCGCUGACCCAGCUUAUGCACACUUGCUAUCCCCCAAGCUCCGCACGGUGCUCACAAAGAUUCUGCAGAAAUUCGAGGCCAUGGGCCUGCGCCCUCUCUCGCCACCCUCCUUCUCUGACUCUGCUGCCUCCGCUGCUGCUGCAGCCGCCGCCUCUUCUCUUGAAGCCACCAUAGGGGCCUCAGGCGCAGCUGCUGCUGCUGCUGCUGCUGGUGCUGCUGGUGGUGGUGGCGGUGGCGGUGGUGGUGGGAAGAGGGGUGGUGGAGGGGGCAAUGGGAGUGUGGGAGUGCGACCGAGUCUGUUUGAUGGCAGGACUGGCACCAGGGUGCUUAUUUCCUCCUCCAACUUCUACGCGCUCAGGGAGCGGUGUGUGGCAAUUGAGUCGCUGCUGUGGCUGGCGCAAGUGGUGCAGGCAGCGCGGCAGCGGUUCCUCUCACACCUGCCCAAGGCAUCAUGGCCACUCCUCGAGUCCUACUACUCCGAGACGCUUGAGGUGGUGCCGGAGCUUUGUGAGCACGUGCUGAGAACAGCCGCUCGACUCCUCAUCAACUUCAGCAGCUACGCGGACAAGAUCGCAGCAGGAAGAUGGGAGUCCCACGACGUCACGUCUUACCACAGCCCCUACGUGGACGCGCUGCUAUCGGAGUUCCGCCUCCUGCUGCAGCGACUGAACCACCUCGGCAUCCCACUGCAGGUGCAGCAGCAGCUGGUGCAGUUUGCACUGGAGGCAGUGGCAGAUGUGCUUGUGGAGGGCUUUUCACGCGUCAAGCGGUGCUCUAACGAGGGGCGGGCGCUCAUGUCUCUCGACCUACAGACUCUGAUCAACGGCUUGCAGCAGCUCACAGGGCGCCGACCAGACAUGCAAAUAGUUGACAACUACAUCAAGGCAUUCUACCUGCCAGAGACAGAGUACCUCUACUGGGCUCUUAGCCAUCCUGAGUAUUCCCGGGCGCAGGUGAUAUCGCUGAUCAACCUGGUUUCAGUGAUGAAGGGGUGGAGGAGGAAGACCCGCGUUGACCUCAUUGACCGCAUCGAGGGGCAGGAGGGCAGAUGAAGGGGUGGAGGGGGCAUGGAGGGAGAUGAGCGCCAUUUGGAACGUGGCUUGAGCCACCUUAAAGCAAGACCCGCGUUGACAUCAUGGACCAGAUCGAGGGGCAGGAGGGCAGAUGAGGGGAUGGAGGGGCAUGGUGGGAGAUGAGUGCUAUCAGGAACGUGGCUUGAGCUGCCUCAAAGCAAAGCAAGACCCGCGUUGACAUCACUGACGGCUUUGAGGGGCAGGAGGGGAGAUGAGGGGAUGGAGUGAGCCGCCUCUAAGCAAGGCUCGCAUGAAUGCCCCCCCAUCAUGGACAUCACUGACCGCUUUGAGGGGCAGGAGGGGAGAUGAGGGGAUGUAAGUGAGCAGUGCAACACGGAUUGUGACUCAGAACUUUGACAAAAUGAGGAUCUUUUUCAUAGCAGAGGCAGGGUUUGAGCGUAUGUACCCUGAGGUUGUCUGACUGAAUGCUGACUGGGCCGACUGACUGGCUGACAGACCUGACUGACUGAACUGCUCACUGACUGACCUGCUCUGUAGCUGUCUGAGACUGACAGAAUAUUCUGACUGACUCGCUGGCUGGAGGAUCGACGGACGGAUUGACUGGCUGUCGGGCGGACUGCGUUUGAUGGGCCUUGGGACGGAGCAAGCGUGAGGGCUUGACUUCUGAGUCGACUCAAAAGUCACCGGGCUGCUUCUGAUGGGCUCUUGGAGCAAGCGUGAGGGCUUGGCUUAGCACUCAAGUGGAAGUUGGAACCAUUCACAGGCAGACAGUCUUCUCAGCAAGCAAGGAAGGGAGUGGGGUGCUGUCCUGAUGUCACAGGCGAAAAGGACUGGGCAUCAUCUGAUGUCACAGUUCAACCACUUCAGGGGCCUACCAAGUGCGGAUCAUUACAGCAGGGCAGUGUCUGUUGACAAGUGCAAGAUUUUACGCAUCCAAGGAACAGAAAGUUGUGCCGAUGCCCAUCACCAGAAGAUGCUUUGUGCCGAAAUGAACCUGCCACCCCUCCAAACCUACCGGUUCUGGCAGUGCCUUGGAUGGCAGGUGUACCCAUUAUACCAUGGCAUAUGGCAUGUGCAGGUCAGGGAAAUUGGUGGAACCCCUAGCAGGCUAGGGAGAGGGCAGCACAAGAAGUGUAAUUGUACAGACAGGAGCAGCACCAGGCGGUUAUUGGUCACAUACGUAACACAAUCUAUUUCAAACCAGUGUUUCUCUCUGAGUGAUGUCUUAUA